AUGGCUGCCGACACGGAACCCGUGGAAGAAGAAGCAGCGCCAGCCCCCAAAGCGAAGCGCCAGCGUAUCAUUAAGAAGGGCAUCGCAAAGGUGAUCAAGAAAGACUCGUAUGAAGGCCAAAUCAAUCGCAGCAGCGAAGACACCGUUAAGUCUGAGCCCAGUUCCUCCAUGGCUGAAACCAAGGGUAGCAUCAAAUCAGAGGAUAGUUCCGUGAAAGGAGAAGAUGUUUCGAUCAAGGAGGAGAUGCGAAGCAUUAAGCAGGAACCGGAGGAUAUCUACGACGACUGUAAGACCGAGGAUGAGUCCCCCAUGACUAAUGAGGAGCUCGAUGCUCAGCUCAACGCUAUGUACGAGGCCGCUCAUCCUGGUAUCAAGGCUGAGGCUGAGGGUGAUGCUUAG